AUGCGGGCACCGGCAGCGACUGGCCGCUUUAACGGCGUUUGGGUGCCCUCAGCCAUGGGCCCUCGAUCCUUCUUGAUGGCCAAACCGCUGGUGGGCCCUGGCGUGUGCGUCCUGACUGAGCUUUCCGCCCAAGCAUUGACCCAAGACUCCCUGACUCUCCACUGCCGCUUGCUCAAAACCACGCUGAGCCGCACCUGUUCGCCCGAACCGAGUGCCGCCAACGCCAAGCUGGCGCAACAACUCCAACUCUGUUCCUGUGACGCCCUCGACGAGCAGAGCAGGAAAAACGCCCGCCGUGUCUACAAGCACUUCUGGAAGAGCGUCAUGGUCGCACGCAAGCCCGGCACCCACGCCCUGUCCAUCACAACACACUCGACCCAGCACUCGUCGUCGUCGACAUCAUCCUCGCCCACGCCCUCGCUGGCCUCGCUGCAUGCCCGCGACGCCAACAUGGCCAUGUCCGACUGCACCCCCGCCCCAUUGACCGUCUCAAUACCCAAGAACAUCCAGAGCCCCCAAUGCCGCAAACCAAACCUCCAGGAGAUACUCAGCAACACCGCCCCGCCCCCCUACACCCUCACCUCCUUCAUGGCCUUCCUGUCACAGAACCACUGCCUUGAGAACCUCGAAUUCACAAUGGACGCCUCCCGCUACCGCAAGCACUACUCCAAGAUGGUCAACCGCCAUCCCGGUACUCCCAUCUCGCCCUUGUCUGAAGAGUGUGGCUACGUGCUCAUGCUCUGGCGUCGACUCAUUGACGCUUACAUCCGCGAGUCCGGUCCACGAGAAGUCAACCUCCCAGCUGAAGUCCGCGACCAACUUCUCAGCCUCUCCGACACCUACGUCCCACCCCACCCAUCAUCGUUAGACAGUGCCGUGGCCAAGAUCAACGAGCUCAUGGAGGAGAGUGUAUUGGUCUCGUUCCUCAACUCAGUCAGCCCACAGAGCGCUCACCCCGCCAGCCACGAGAGCUACGCUGGCAGUAACAUCUCUCGCUCAUCGACCCGCAGCUACGAGGAGCGGAGUCUCCUUUCCCGAUCGUCACAGCCGCCCAUGCCUGCGAAACAACGGGCAUCGGCACCCUCAUCCCUCACUUCCGGCUUCAUGGCAUCUCGUCCCUUCUCGCAUUCACGCUUCCACUCCCAGCCCACCUCUUCCGGUCAAGCACCCACCCGCAUCACCUCGGGCUACACCAGCGGCAGCGAUGCAUUGACUGACGACUCUGGCAGCGCCAGUAGUCCGUCGGGAAUGAGCGACCCACUGACACCUCCUGGCACCCCGCCCAUGAGCGAUUACCCCAUGGCCGACUUCCAGCAAGCCUACUACGACACAGGCUCAAACAGUGGCACCCCGAGUCCUCGCAACAGCCGGGGCGAGCACAACGGUCUUGCCAACGCCACCAGGGAUAGCUGGAAGCGAGUAAGCAGCAAGUUGUGGCCCAAGAAGAAGAGCGGCAGCCAGCUCCGAGAUGACGAACCAGGUGUUGUUGAGGGUGGUCUCUUCUAA